GCAUAAGCAGAGGCAGCCCAGAACAGAGGAUCACAACAGCCUCCAGAAUCUCGGGAGUGGACACUGCAGCUCGGACCACCUAAGGCACCACUCCUGUUCCAACGUUUGUAACUCCAUUUGUUAUUCGGAGGCCUCUGCUUAUCCUGUAUCCCAAGGAUGGAACCAUUACUAGGAGUAAAAAUUGGCUGCCUGUUUGCUCUGCUGGCUCUCACCCUGGUCUGUGGCCUCAUUCCCAUCUGCGUCAAAUGGUUCCAGAUUGAGGGAGCCACAGGUCGUCACCGCCGGGUCCUCAGCCUCCUGGGCUGCAUUUCUGCUGGUGUUUUCCUGGGAGCAGGGUUCAUGCACAUGACCGCUGAAGCCCUGGAGGGAAUUGAAUCCGAGAUCCAGAAGUUCGUGAUGCAGAACAGGACAGAGAGUGAGGGAAAUUUUUCUGAUGAUGCUAGUUCAGAUCAUACGAACUAUCCCUACGGAGAGCUCAUCAUCUCCCUGGGCUUCUUCUUGGUCUUCCUUGUGGAGUCGCUGGCAUUGCAGUGCUGUCCUGGAGCUGCUGGAGGAUCAAAAACGCAGGAGGAGGAGUGCGGUGGGGCUCACGUCCUUGGACUCCACAGCCAUGGAUCUCUCCCCUCACCCUCACGUAGUCCCUUCCGUGCGCUCAUCCUCCUGCUUUCACUCUCCUUUCACUCAGUGUUUGAAGGUCUAGCUGUGGGGCUGCAGACGACAGUAGUGGCUACCGUGCAGCUCUGUGUUGCUGUCCUGGCUCACAAGGGGCUCGUGGUGUUUGGUGUAGGACUGCGGCUGGUGCAGGCAGGCACUGGAACACGAUGGGCCACGUUCUCCAUUCUGUCAUUCGCUCUCAUGUCCCCCCUGGGUGUAGCCAUAGGACUGGCUGUGGCUGCAGGAGACUCCGAAGGGGGGCGAGGCUUAGCCCAGGCUGUGUUAGAGGGUGUGGCAGCUGGUACCUUCCUGUAUGUCACCUUCCUAGAAAUUCUGCCCCGGGAGCUAGUUGGCCCUGAGGCCCCUCUGGCCAAGUGGGGCUGUGUGGCCGCUGGUUUUGCCUUCAUGGCCUUUAUUGCAUUGUGGGCCUGAGAUUCCUGACUUCUGAUGGACCUCUUUCUAAUGAUCUCCCAAAUGGCUUCGGCCCUCAGACAUUUCUCUCCCGAGACUUAAGUGCAAUUCACUACGCAUCAUCCCCGUGAACUGGUCCCCAGCUUUUCCUACAUGAGAUCCCAUUACUCACCCAGGACUGAGAAAAGGAUGUUUAUUUUAGGUUGAGUGCCUAUACAUUGGAGAACUGAUUUAAAGACCAUCACUCUAGAUUUGACUCUUGUCCCGUUUUUGCUAUCUUGUGUAAUAAAAUGUCCAUUUUACCCUUCCCUUCAGCAUGCUGUGCUUCCUCUCUCCGGGUUGCCGAAGAGCUGCCAGGUAGAGUGGGGAGUGGGAAGGGUGAGUGUUAGACACAGUCUUUUCUUCUGGAUUCAGAGCCCCUAGCCACUUGGUCGAUUGCAGCCAUGCCCCCCGGAUAUGGGAGCAUUGCUGAAAUUCCAACAUUACAGGUGUUGAAAUAUUGAGCCAGAGUUCCCAGCAUUUAGAGAAGAGGUUUAAGAACAGAAACCAUGGGGAUCUAGGUGGUUCCCUACACUAACCACGCCCACCCCACUCCCAGUACCUGUUGUCAGCUGUCCCCAGCAUGUCCAACAGACUCUGGAGAUCAGGCGAGAUGGAGCCUAUUUUCAUCUGGUUCCUAUUUUUCACACUGAGCCUCACUGUGUGGCCUCGAGGGCAUGAUUGCUCUUUGAGCCUCUGUUUCCUUCCAGCUUCCUUGUGCUGAGGGAUUAAGAAGCACUGUGUUUGGAGAGGGAGAAAGGCGCCAGAUGAAUGCUGAGGGUGGUUACUUGGCUCUGCCAUGUGGUGGCUUUCCUUCUGCCUGUCCUACCUGCCGCUAUGCCCCGGGCCCCACCCCACUGGACCAUUUGUCUUUCAGUUGAGUAAUGCCUGCAAUGUUGCUUCUCUUAAAAACAGCACCAAUAGAGAAACCGAUUAUCUGGAAUUGAGGAGGAGCAGGACGACUGCUGCCCACCCCCUGACCCAUGAGAUGGAGGACUAUCUCAGACUUGGUGGA